UUUACCAAAGAAGCAGCCAGUUGGCACCACGUUUUUGACCGGCGGUACGCGGUGCUGACACGCGAUCGGUGGAAUCGGAUUGGAGCCGCGGCGGGUUCGGUGAGAACUGUGUAGGGAAAUCCGGCGAGUGGACCGGGAAUCGUCAAGAAUUGAAAAGGUUUCGGUGAAUGUCUCGGUGAACGGGAUCAAGUGUUUCCUUCUGAGGUUCAGACGUGCACGAAUAAGAGAUAGGGUGUAGAAUUUGUUCGUGAUUGUUGUAAUUAUUGAAUCGGUGGAAAGUAGAAUAGUAUUUCACAAUGCGACUGUCUCGCGUGUUUCUCUUCCUGGGAUGUUACUUCCUGGCACUUUCUUUCAUUGCCGCGGCGCCCAGUCCGGAGGAACCGGCGUUCGAGCUUCCGGUACAGCUGGUUGGCUUCCCGGUGAUCAUUGCUGCUGUGAGGAUCACUAAUUUCGUGAAGAAAUUAGCAUAUUCGCUUAAUCCUGGGACUUACGCAAGUCGAGCGAAGCGAGAACUGCCACUGAUUCACGACGAAGAAAUCUUAGACGCUAAUCAGGUCGAGAAGAAAUUGGUGGCUGAACUUGGGGACAAUGUCUGCAUCUAUGAGAGAAUUUGUGCCAAAUAUGCGACUCAGACACUGCGAAAACGAAGUCGGGCGCAUGAUCUUGAUUGGAACGUUGUCUUCAGCGAGUACAAAUCAUCGCCAAAUCCGAUGAAGGAGAAUUAUUUAUUGAGCGUGUUCCUGGGCGACAUUAUAGGCAGCCCGAGACUCUGUCAUCAGCUGGCGAAGAGAGGAAGAGGCUGCGGCGACGCGGCGCACAAGGAUUAA